AUGGGGGGUCUUUCCCCUGUUCCUCAGAAAAUCCCAAAUUUCAGUGGAGAGGCAGAUGGUUGUCAUGGAAGAUUCGAAGAUAAUGAAGUGAAAGUCUUCGUUGAGAGCUGCCAAUCCGAUCUUUGGUAUUUGUUGCCUACAUGUGACAGUCUCAAUAAGAUAACUACAGAUCUUUAUCAUCUUCAGCAACCAGUCCUGCUAGUAGAGUACCAUCAAGAAGAACCAGAUGUUGAAGUUAGGGUGGAAGAGAGUGGUGAUGGUGGUGACUCCAUUAACACUGCCACCGCCCCCAUCUCACCAUCUCUUUCAAAAGCUCAGCAGUGGCUCCAUGCUAUCUUCACCACUACCACAAGCUACAGUUGUAGCAAGGAAGAUAGUAGGUGCUACAGUGGUGUGGAAGGAUUUAACGGUUACUAUAAAAGGAAAACCAAAAUGCUCUGA